CAGUCGCGUUUUUGAGAAGCGCGCAAUCACCUGAUCGUUCAGCACUUGACCCCGCUGUAUCAGCCUUACACGGUGCUAGCAAGUGGCAACAUCUUUCCUGCCGGCCAGGCUCCAACAGCAUUGAACUUGGGAAUCCGCGCCCCUGGAGAAUGUUGCGGGGUCUUCAACAAGUUUCACGAUCUCAUCCCCCAACUGCCCGACCCCAAAUGUUUCCAAACCGCCUUUUUGGUGUAACACCACAUGCGCAAAUCCCAAAUCCUACCAGGUUAUCCCAUGGUGCUGCACCGGCCCCUCUGCCCCGUUCCGACGAAGAACGGUUGCAACCAAGGAUUUUGCCCCCGGAGUUAUUCUUACACAAGAGCAAUGCAGCACCAGUUCCUCUUUCUUCGUCGACAACAGUGAGCUGUGCCGUAGAGGUAAUGUCGGCAUGAGCACCAACUAGCGCCUCUUUUUGCGACCGAUGUGCCAUUUUAUGUUGUCCGGUGGUCCGUAUCUUUACUUGCAUAUGGUGUGACGCGCAUCUGGAUCCAUUUGGCGUUCCCUCGCACAUGAUACGGAGGU